AUGCUGUUUUUUUUUACGAGUCGACAGCUGACCGACAUCGCUUUUACGGUACUCAAAUCGGAGACACAAACACAUGCCAACUACCUCUACGCGUCCCGAAGCAGUCUCGACAAGGCUGAGCUGUCUUCCUCCGGAGAAGUCGGGGUCGGGGUCGUCGAAUGGGUAUUGAACAUGCGCGUCUUGCCUUUGCUUUGUCUGACAUCCUCGGCCAAGCGACUUGGCUCAUCUGGUCUCUUGGCCCUUGCCAUUUUCUGCUUCGGAGCGGAUUCCCGCAUGGUCAGCAUCGAGAUGCAGCGCCAUGCAAGCGUUCGCAGUGCGAUUCUCGUGACAAGGCCGGACUCUUCCCCCGCUCACACUUUUGUAUUUGCUACGAUGCGGGUGGACAAGGAACGCAGGGGUGAAGUGGGCUCGGGAAGAGGCUUCUUCGCCUGGCAAGACACCGGAUGGCAUUCCACGAUGGUGAUGGAAAUGAAGCACAGCCGAAAGCCGCAAUCGAGCUUCGGGCUGAGGAAGCCUUGA